CGCAUUACCUUACGUUAGCUCAACCGUCCCGCAGGGGACCCACCAAUCCUGAAGAAGUUUUAACCCUUCAGGGCCCAUUGCAACCAACAUUGGCAGCAAUGAACAACCUCAAGGUGAUCUCUACGUGUUAAAGGGAUGUUCCACUCCAUAGCAAAACAUUUUGCUUACAAAAAACUGGUGUUUUGAAAAAUAAUUUUUCUUUCUUCUUGGACAGGUCCAGGUACUCCCUUCCUAUUUCAGUCUGUUUUCUUCCAUUUGGUGCCUACUGAAUGGCUACGAGAGCUCGUCAACGCUGAUGAGUUCUGAGCUGGAGACGACAAGCUUCUUCGACUCUGAAGACGGUGAUGCAUCCAGUCGGUUCAGUGGUUCCACGGAGCAGAGCACGUCGUCGAGGCUCGUGAGACGAUAUUGGCGGCGACGGCGGAAACCCAAAGCGCCACAGAUGGAGAGGUCGUCCUCUUUCAGCAGCGUCACAGAUUCCACCAUGUCACUGAACAUCACCACUGUCACUUUAAAUAUGGAGAAGUAUAACUUCCUGGGCAUCAGUAUUGUGGGUCAGAGUAACGAGAAAGGAGAUGGAGGAAUCUACAUUGACUCUAUCAUGAAGGGAUAGAGCCCCGGCCCCGGUGGCCGCCGACGGAUGCAUCGAGCCUGGAGACAUGCUGCUGCAGGUGUGUGUUAAGAGUGUGUAUGUUUAACAGAGGUGGAAAAAGUACCCAAUUGUCAUACUUGAGUAAAAGAAAAGACACAGGUUAAACCUCUUCAGUCU